AUGCAUCUCCCUCGGUCAACUGCAAUUCUCGCCGCCCUAUGGGUUGUUGCUGGUUCUGUCGAGGCAGCCCGUAGUCAAGAGGGACUUGUGGACGUCGAACAGAAGGCGACCAUCCCCCCACCAGCACCUGAACCCAUUCGGAUCGUCGAGUUGCCUCUGCCUCCAGUCGCAACUAGCGACGACGUUGGUGCAUGCACGUUGGAGAUCAACCCUCGCAAGACCGGUUGUAUGGGUAAAGGUUCCUUCUUUCAAAGUGGGAACUUUCUCCCAAAUGAUAAACAUGUUGUUGCACUUGUCAACUUCACAGGUGCCCCGGAUUCUCCUGAUCCAGCAAGCAUUUACUCGGGGCUACAGUUGAUACUGAUCAAGGCUGAUGGUACCAAUUUUACCAACGGAGAUCCGUGGAAAUGUGUCACCUGCGGAGUGCCGCCAGAGAAUAUGGUUAACACAAGCCCCUUGUCCACUUACCCUCAAGCAUUCCGAGAUGGGUCCAGGGUCUUAGCUGGCUAUAGUAUUGUCGAUUGCGGCACCGAGCAGCUCGCGAGCGACAGUUGUACUUCGAAUAAGAUUCACAUCUAUCCUCUUCGCUGGAAUGUCAACGCCGACGGUUCAGGGUCAGGAGGGGAUAUUCGAGAACUACGUAUUCAUCCAGAUAACAUACAUUUGGGUUUCAACGCUGAGACUUUCACUGGCACAACUUUGGGGGAAUUUUCCUACUUUGGUCGUCUAGAGUUCAAUGCGUCACCAACAGAAGGGAUCCCUCUUUCGGCACGCUACGACAUCGUCAAUGUGACCAUUCUUCACCAAGAUGAUGGUCCGCAGGUGCUCAGCACCAAUGGGAGUGAGUUGAUUUUCAACCCUGAGGCUCUCAACGUCGGAGAGUUCCGUGGUUUCAGUGGGCUCGGUGACGAGGUUGCUUAUUUAGGACCAAACGUCGAGUCGGGCAACUUCGAUGUCUUUGCGGUAAACAUUCAGACUGGCAAGGUCCGCCGAAUAACAAGUGAUACUGGCUACACCGAUCCGCUUCAUAUAUCCCCGGAUAACCAGUGGUCAGUUGUUUUGACGACGCUUAACAGUAGUCGAAUGGAGUUUUUGUCAGGCAUGCGCGGAGUUCCUCCUCUCACUGACACUAUCUCAGUCGGAGUAACUGCCUCGGUACGCAAUAAUCUCAAUCGCCGCUUCUUCCAACCCUGGCUUCUGGACUAUUAUGGUAGCCGCGACUCGUAUAAUGGCCAAAUGAUAAACGCUGGUGGCGAUUGUACGCCAGGCAGCAUUAAUGAUCCAAACUGGAAUGCCAUGGCAGAUCCCAAAUGGUCAAACGAUGGCACAAUGAUUGCAUAUUACCAGACUCUGGUUGUAUCCCCCGAAUGUGGAGGGCUGAACCCACUGCCUUGUCCUGUUUCCACAGCCCCCGGAGGACGCACGUCUCGUCUGAUGCUCGCAACUCUGAUCAGCCGUAAGCCUCUUGAUAUGCCGCCUGUACAGCCUGUCUCUGACUCAAUCCCAUGGGGAACACGUUAUAUUCCUGGAAGCGCACCACCAUCUUCUCCACCCCUCCUAAACGGCAGCUACACGUUACAAGGGAAAGUCGAGGGUCAUGCUCAAGCAACAUUUACCCUGGCCGAAGCAGGAAAUUAUAUCCAAAAUGUGGCUGUUGAGUACUCCAAUUACUCGGACGACGGCAUUCAAUUUAUUUCGGGGUUUGAAAAUGUGACCGCCACACCUCUCAAUCUAACUUCGACUUUACUUGACUGGUACGCGAAUAUGACAUCUGUUGGCGAGGUCAUCAGUACCAAGUUUACAAGCGAUGAUGGCUUCCACGUUGUGGAUGACGAGGAAUGGGAUGUGUUCAUCGCAAACGGUUCACUCACAACUACAGUUGGCUCUGUAUUGUACACGCAGCCUUUCAAUUACUCCUGA